CACGUGUCCCCAAAAUAGCCAGUUUAAUUGAGACAAAGCGUUACAUCCGUUAUCUGUAAAGCAAUUAGACUCAUAUUGACCCAAGUCCCUCAAAUGUUCCAAGUCCCACGAAUCGCUGACAUAGGCUUGGAGCAGCAGACUUUCUUGUAGUUUCAGUUGUUCAUGACAGUGGCGCUAGUGAGAGUAGGCUAGAUAUUAGGAAUCAGGAAACCCGUCGAGUUUACGCUCAAGUCUGGAUGAUUUUCGUUAUGCAGGGCACAACCACCAUAGGCCUACUUAUCUUGAUUUCAACAGUAUCACUUGUUUGUUUAGCGAGUGACACGACAUUGAAAGAAGCAACACACUCGAGGCCCGUGCGGUUGAUCACAGAGGAGGAGUUGGAGAAAUACGAUGGAAGUCAGGAUGGACAGCCAAUUUAUAUGGCGAUAAACGGAGUUGUGUUCGAUGUUACUGCAGGAAAAGAUUUUUAUGCCAAGGGUGCACCAUACAAUGCCUUGGUGGGAAAAGACUCUACCAGGGCUGUUGCCAAGAUGUCCCUUGAUCCAAAGGACUUGACUCAUGACACUACCGGUCUGACAGAGGACCAGCUAGAGUCUCUGGAGCGUAUAUUUACUGGGACCUACAAAGCCAAGUAUCCCAUUGUGGGCUACACAGCACGACGCAUGUUCAAUGACGAUGGCAGCCCCAACAAGGACUUCAAACCAGAAGACCAGCCUCAUUUCAACUUGAAACUUGAGUUAUGAUUAUAUGGCCGUGUGAUUUCUCAGAAAUGGCAUCAAUGUAAACACAUUGUGUUAAAUUGGGGGUUGGAUUUGUGUCAAAUCAGGACUUCGGUUGAGUCACACAUGAUUUUAGAUGCCCAGUAGGGGCAGUAGCGCUACGGGAAUGGAAAUGGCAUGUACUGUACUUUGUGAGAGUCCAUCUUCCACCAGCCAGAGAAAGACAUUUGAUGCAAGGAAAUGUUUAAGCAAUCAUUAACCUCAGAAUAGAUUACCUCUGAUUUUUUUCCUUCUGUAUUCUUUGUACCUUGAUGAAGAAUUCACACUAAUGUAGAUUUUGUGUUUAAUUGUCUCUGACAGCACACAGGCCUCUAACAAAUACCUCAGGCAUUGAGUCCAGAAUAUCAAUAAACACCUGAGACCUCAGAUAAAAACAAAAAGUUUCCAGUAAGUUCUAUGCUGCACUGUACGCCUUUGCAGCCUUUCACUUCUCUAUGGAGGAGGUGGGAGAGGGCUUGUGGUGGUCUCUCGCCCCACCCACAUCGGUUUGAUGAUGCAUGUCUGACCUUGUGUGGGAUUUUUCCCCCUGGCGGGCUUUGUCAAAUCAGCCCCUCAGCGUGGGGUGUGUCAGAAACCCCUGUGAACUUGUUUUGAUGUGUCUGUUUGUAAUUAGUUUAUUUAUUUUUCUACAGUUAUGCGGGUGAUUAAAUUAAGAUGUGAUAAUUUGGUGAAUCAGUCCCAUGUAAUUGCUUUGGUUUGGGAUAUUGCCAGUGUAAUUUAGUGAAUGGUUAUGCUCCCAUCAGCAAGUUGUGCAUGUUUUGUAUUGCUCACUGUAACAGAUCUUAUUGCAUCUUCUCUCUGUAAUUUAAAAAAAAAAUACCUUAAUGUAAAUAUUACAACUAUAAUGAUUUGAAUGAAUUGAAUGAUAAUUCAAAUAACUAGCUGACCCAAAGAGCUUAGAGUUAGUGCUGUGAUGAUGAUAGGAAAUUCCUUUCCUUUACUCUCAGUCUUUGACAUUGUGUCACAUCAAAGAGGGCUAUAAAGCCAAGACAGUGAACAGUAGGAGGACAAACACAGGCACUCGUCUCCCCACUCACUUGGCCGCUCACUUGCCUGAUUUACUGUAUUUGUUGUAAGUAGAAUGGACAUCAACGUGGGUUGAUGCUCGAUGGAUGUGUUAAAGGCAGCACUGUUAGUCAAUUAUCAUAAUAUUCUUUUCUCAGAAGGCAUCUCUCAGGAUGAGUCUUUCCUCUGCGGAUGAUUGAACUGUCUGUGAUUACCAUAAACUUCAGUAACAGUAAAUCUCUACCACAGUAAUGUUUUGAAAUGACAAUUAGAGAUGAUGAUCGCUACCAUACUCAUAUUCAUAUUCAUAUUAUCUAUACAGUAACUGUUUGCAUACAUAAAUAUGGGCCAUUUCAUAUACAGUCAUUGAAAGAAACGUGUUUAUAUGACUACAAUGCAUGUUGAAGGGAAUUAUUACAUUUUUGUAUGAAAUAAAGGCAAGAUUUUUACCACA